AUUCGUAAUGCAUGCAAACGAGAGUGCAUAUCUUUUUUCUCUUUCUACACAAUGGUCACUCUUCUUUGACUUUUUUCUAAGUUUUAUGGAUUGCCGGUAUUUGUGCUGUUUCUUGUUUUUUAUUUAAAAUUCGGGGAAUUACAGAAAUAUUUAUUAGCAACAAGUUAAUUUGCAACAGCUGUAAGAAGAAGAAACGAAAAGCAACAUAAAAUGACAAUUACUGACGGUCUACAUUACAUAGCAGUGGGCAAUCCAUUGAGCAAAGCUGUUAUUGGAACAACAUCUUCAUUAUUCAGAGCCAAUUCCGCUGGAUUAAGUUCUUCAAAUUCCCAAACAAUGUCAAAAAAUUUGGUAAAAGCCUUGCCUACGUUGUGGGAGUUAUCUGGACGUAAUCACAAUUUUGUUCGUUUGGCUGGCUUAAGUGGAGCGGCUGCCGUAAUUUUGGGUGCCGUUGGCAGUCAUCAUGCUAAAUUUAAAGAUAAUGCUGAAAUGCGUGCAAUUUUUGAUACUGCCAAUCGCUUCCAUUUCUUUCAUUCAAUUGCGUUAUUGGGUGUGCCACUGGCCAAGUAUCCGAUGGUGUCUGGCGCCUUGAUGGUUUUGGGCACAGCACUUUUCAGUGGUUGUCUGUACUAUCGUGCAUUUACCGGCAAUAAGCCUCCAUUUGCCAGAAUGGCGCCUAUGGGCGGAACAUGUCUCAUUGUUGCCUGGCUAUCUUUUAUGUUGUAGAAAGUAAAUUUUGUCAAUGCACUAAAAAUGCCGAUCAUUGAUAAUGUAAUAUUUUAAUAUUUAAAUUCUAAAUUUUGUACUAAAACUUGUUUUAUAUAAUAAAACCUUUUUUUCUAUGAUUUCCUGUGGAUGCUGAAAAUGUAUAAAAAAUAAUAUAUUGCAUAAUAAUCACAUGAAUUAAACAAUACAAAAUGUAACUAUUCAAUAA